AUGGGGCAGAGAAGGAGGGUGAAUAAAUACCAGAUAGCUCUCCACGGCAGCAGCCCCGGGGGUGGCAGCGGGGGCCCAGGCAGGCGACAGAAGCAGCUCCUCGAUAAGAGCUGUCAGGAGGCGCACACUGGAGCCAAACAGUCCCUUGCAGACUUCCGGGGACCAAUUUCCCUUCCCAGUAGGUUCCCAUCUCUCGAGGGCCCCGCCGAGUGCCUGUGGUCUAAACUUUGCUUUGCAGACAUCCACGACAGUGAUGGGAGUUCCAGCAGCAGCCACCAGAAUCCCAAGAGCACAGACAAAUGGGCGGCUUCUCUGGAGAAUCUGCUUGAAGACCCGGAAGGCGUGAAAAGAUUUAGGGAAUUUUUGAAAAAGGAAUUCAGUGAAGAAAAUGUUUUAUUUUGGCUAGCAUGUGAAGAUUUUAAGAAAACACAAGAUAAAAAGCAGAUCUUCAACCUUAUGAAAUAUGACAGCUACAGCCGCUUCUUAAAGUCUGACUUGUUCUUAAAACACAAGCGAACUGAGGAAGAGGACGAAGAUCCACCCGAUGCCCAGACUGCAGCUAAAAGAGCUUCGAGAAUUUAUAAUACAUGA